UCAGUAAAUAGAGAAACGUCAAAACUACCUUAACCUUAAUUCAAAAAUUCACCGACUCAUCCCUUUUCGAGUAUUUUUCGUUUUAAUUUAUUGUUUAAAAGUUGUUUUUAGGUAAUUUAAUAAUGUUUCCUGUAAGGAUAUCAUUGAAAGGACUGAAUGGAUUGAGAAAACUUUCUAAUGCAGUGGAAAGCUCAUCAAAUCCUAAAACGGCCAUAGUAAUGCUCAAUAUGGGAGGGCCCCAAAGAUUGGAUCAAGUGCCUGAUUAUUUGCUCCGUAUCAUGACUGAUAAGGAUAUGAUUCAAUUUCCAUUUUUUGGAGACCAGUUAGGCCCCUGGAUAGCUAAAAGAAGAGCUCCUGAUGUAGCAAAAAAGUAUGAGGAAAUAGGUGGUGGUUCUCCAAUUUAUAAGUGGACACAACGUCAAGGGGAGUUACUUUGCAAGAAUCUUGACAAACUUUUACCAGCUGGUGCACCUUACAAGUACUAUGUUGCAUUUAGAUAUGUACAACCCUUUACUGAAGAUGCUAUGAAAGAUAUUGAGAGGGAUGGAGUUAAAAGAAUUAUCCUGUUUUCCCAGUAUCCACAAUAUAGUUGUGCAACAUCUGGGUCAAGUUUUAAUGCCAUUUAUAAUUUUUAUAAGAACAGAGAACUUCCAAAAGAUGUAAGGAUAAGUUUAAUAGAUCGUUGGUCUACACAUCCCCUGCUUAUAAAAACGUUUGCAGACCUGAUUAGACAAGAGUUAGGAAAAUUGUCAGAUGGAGGAAGGAAAAAUGCAAUUAUUCUAUUUUCAGCUCACUCUUUGCCUCUAAAAGCUGUAAAUCGUGGUGAUCCAUAUCCUUCUGAAGUAGGAGCUACAGUUCAAUUGGUAAUGAAAGAAUUGGGGUUUUGUAACCCUUAUCAACUGGUUUGGCAGUCAAAAGUUGGCCCUUUACCAUGGCUUGGCCCAUUUACUGAUGAGGCUAUUAAAGACUAUGUAAAAAAUGGGAAGAAAACAUUUGUUUUAGUGCCCAUUGCCUUUGUUAAUGAACAUAUUGAAACUUUACAUGAACUUGAUAUUGAAUACUGCAAGGAACUGGCAGAGGAGGUUGGAGUUGAGGAAAUUCGACGUGUUUCUGCCCCCAAUGAUCAUCCCCUCUUCAUAGAGACAUUGACUGAUUUAGUAAAGACUCACUUAGAAAGCAACAUUCCUGUAAAUCCUAAAUUUAUUAACCAAUGCCCUCACUGUGAGAACAAAAACUGUUAUAACAGCAAGACUUGGUAUUCUCAAGUUUGUAAAUGUUAGGAUUAUUUCAUUACCUUGUUAUGUUUUUCACUUUUUUUUUGUAUUUUAUUUGUUAUAUGUUUAUAUUGCAAAUGUUUGAUACAAUAAAGGGUUUUUAAU